CCCAUUAAUCUGCCGUCUGCCUAUAUAAACCCCACCAGCCCAGCCCACUCUUCGCUUCUCAGUUCUCACUCACCGCUGUCCAUUCUUCUCCAUUCGCUUUGCUAACACAGUCCCCAGUAGCAGCAGCAGCAGGACAGCUCAGUCUCGGGUGAAGCUGAGCAGAUCGAUGGCGCUCUCUCGUCGCAUGGCUGCGUCCGCCCUCCUGCUGCUGGUCCUCCUCGUCGCCACAGAGAUGGGGGCGACGACGGUCAAGCUGGCUGAGGCGCGGGACUGCCUGUCCCAGAGCCACAAGUUCAAGGGCGCCUGCCUCAGCAGCAGCAACUGCGCCGCCGUCUGCCGCACCGAGAACUUCCCCGACGGGGAGUGCCACACGCACAACUUCGCCCGCAAGUGCUUCUGCAAGAGGGCCUGCUAGCCCGCCUGCUCGAUCGCCCCGGCCGCCCUGCCGGCCAGCGCCGCCACGUCCGAUGCUAGCUAGCUGUUAGAUCGUCCGUGCCUUUUGGUAGAUCUGUUCGUCAGUCCGUUCCCGUUCGUCACUAGUAGCUGUUCGUGUGGCUGUCUCCCGUAAUAAAGUACGAAAUCAACCGGGGUCUCGGUAGUUUGGUUCGCAGCACGUCGUGUUUGUCGCUGCUUUGUGUGGUAAUGUAAUAUGGUCCUUGUUUCAGUAUGGACGGACGUGUGCACUGCAUCUAAAUCUGAGGAUGGUUUCAUACUUAAA